AAUACUUACUUUAAACUAAAAAUAUAAAAAAAAAUCAAAUUUAAAAAUUAGUUAUAUAUAAUUUAUUAUACAAAAAUUUAGAUACAAAUAAAAAUGAUAAAUGUAACAAAUUUAAAUAUAUUAUCCGCGCGUAGCGCGGAGAAAAGAUCUAGUAUUCAUAAAUGGUAAUAACAUAUCAUUAGGCAAAUAAUACAAUCAUUAUUCAAAGAAAGAGAUAGUACUACUUUAAAGUUUAAAAAUAUUAAUUUAUAAACUAAAAUUGAUAGAUCCCUAAGUCUAAAUAACGUCAUUUACCUUCUUCAUUAUAUACUACACAAACAGAAAGUAAAAAGUGUAAUGAUACCUGAACCGUCUCAUUCACGUUAACGUGACCUGAAUAUCGCAUGUUCUGCUUAGCCUUUUUGACAGUUAGUGAAAACAGAAUAUUAUUAUUUAUCUUGGAAUUUAAUUUAAGGAAAUUCCUUAAUAUAACAUUUUUGAUUGAUUCUAGAGAUAGCCCCACGUUCUACUGUUCUUAAUGCUAUCGUCCAGUUGUUUUAUCUUUGUUUUUUAUUGGUUGGCAUAUCCUGGUUUAUGAUUAUGGUUUUGGUUUUGUUUCCUCUAGCGAACCAAUGAAUAUAUUGAACCAUGUAACAAACUUUAUUUUUAAAUACAAAUUUGACUCUUCAAGAAGUUUCUAAUUCAUUUCAUUCAAUAACUAUCAUCUCUACGUUGUCUUUGGCCGAUUUCUAUAUUACAAAAUUAGUAAUCAGUUAUUAUUAUGGUUCAAAAUCACAUGCAUCGUGAAGAAGAUAUAGUUUUCCAACGAAGAACACAAAACAAAACAAAAAACGUCUUAAUCCCACCUUAUCUGGACUCUUCUUGUUUUUUUCUUUCAAUUUUCCUCAGAAAAUUGUGACCCUUCAAUCUCUUGCCUUGAGGGUGAAGAUAUUCUGAAUCCUAGGACACAAGUCAUACCUAGGUUCGAUCAAGGGCACAAAUUGUCGUGACAAUUGAAAAAACAAAGCUUUUCAUUUUGGUUAAUGUUGAGCCAAUGAGAAGCAAACCUGGAUUUGAUUGCGUAAAGAGUUGAUGGGAAAUCGUUGUGCUAGAACUCCUUGUUGUACAAAGUUGUGGUCAUGUAUAUGCUGCUGCUGCAGCAGCAACAACAAGGCUCGAGCAAGAAGCCAACACGGGUCUAAAGAGAAUGUCUAUUCAAUAAGCAGAAUCGAGAAAUGGGAAGAAAAGAUCACAGAAGCUAACAACAAUGGCAAGAUUCUUGUGGUGUAUUUCAGCGCGCCGUGGUGUGUACCUUGUAAAAAGAUAGAACCAGUAUUCAGAGAACUUGCUUCUAGAUACCCUUCAAUGAUUUUUGUAACCAUUGAUGUGGAAGAACUCGCUGAAUUUAGUGAUGAAUGGAAUGUGGAAGCUACACCAACUAUAGUGUUUCUUAAAGAUGGGAGACAAAUGGAUAAGCUUGUUGGUGCUGAAACAUCAGAGCUUCAGAAGAAAACAGCUGCAGCUGCUGAACUCUUAAUCAGAAAACCAUAAACAGCAGAAGAGAAACAGAGCUAUGCUUCAGAAAUUGGUCAGAGUAAUCAUUACCGAAGUUACUUGUGGAUGAAGUAAGUGUCAUGAGUUGUUAAUUGGGAUGCUUUAUCCUUCCAGAUUUAGUUUGGUAAUAUUUAUGAAAUUUUCUACUGUUGUCUCAGCAGAUUAACAUGGAGAUGGAGAAGGGUUUGGGUGAAGGUUAUAUAGCAGCCAAGGCUCCUCUAAUUAUUCUUCAGAACUCUGUGUGCAGAUGUAUAUGCUCCUCUCUUAUUAUGUAAGCAUGUUUCUUCUUGUGCAUUAUUUAUUUGAAGUCUUUUUUUUUUUACUUCUACACAUAAUUUUCUCUUCUUUUAUUGGUUACUUAUUGAAUAAAACGCCAAGAGUCUCCUUAAUUAAAAACGAUCCAAAUAUAACUCUAAUCUCAUGCAUCCUACAAGAGUAUAAGUGGAAAGUUCAGUCACUUAGCAAUUCGCUCAAACAUUAAUCCAAAAGAACAAGGAAGCAAAUAUCAUAUGAUCGUCUAAACACGCAUAAUUAACCCAAUUACAUCAUUCUUGAGUUAGACAUUGACACGUUACAUCCUCACGGGUGAUUUAAAUGAGAAUAUAGGGUUGCAUCAAACAAAGAUUAAAAGCCAUUGUGUUUCCCACUUCUGUACAAGUCUGAUAUAUCUCGAAUCAAUUCAAUACUCCCUGUAUUGUGAUAUUUUAUAACCUUAAUUAUGGACGUAACUGAGACUGAAUUAUGUAGUUUCCUUUCGGUUUCACAGGAAACUUACUAAUGCAUUUCGUUUUUGUUUUAUGCGAUGAAGUUACUGACUUUUGUAUAUAACUACAUUUUUAAAAAUGCAAACGAAUUUUAGUGAUUGAUAUAACUAAUAUAUAUAUAUAUAUAUAUAUUUGAAAGAAAAAACAGAGUAGAUAGAAAAUUCGCUAUGUCAUGUUUCUGCAGAAAGGGAAAAAAAAUACACAUUUAUCAAAAGAUUUUUUCAGCUUUAAAGACAGUUAGACCACAUAUUAUAUAUAUAUAUAUAUAUAUAUAUAUAUAUAUAUUUUGAAGUAGGAUAAUAAAUGUUAUGAACUCGAAUUUAAGGAUUUGGAAGAAAAUAGAAUCCAAAGAGAUUGUGACCGUCUUUGACGAACAGAUAGAGUCAUGGAAAACGCAUCAGUUUCUUUACUUAAAAGUUGUGACUUCAACGUUGUGAAUUUCUUAAGCAUUUCUUAGCUUUAACAAGUAAUCGAUUUUUUUUUCUAAAAUAACACUAGAUUUUUUUUUUAUUAUAAAUAUAGAGACCAAGAGUCAAUAUGACCGAAAUAUUUCAUUAAAAAAAGACAUUUAAAAUUCCUAAGCUUAACUAAUAUAAACUUAGAGUUUAAAAUUUGAAGAGUGUGGCUUUUAGGUGGAAUGGAGUUUGGGAUUUUUUUUAAAUAGUUUUAAAAUUUUAAAAUAAUAAUUUUUAAAAUAGUUUCAAAAAUAAUUUUCGGAUUUAAAAAAAACUAGAAUUUUUUAAAAAGAAUUAAAAAAAUUUGGAUUGAAAAACAUAUUUUCAAGUAUACAAAAAGUUCUUUUAUAAUUUAUUUAUAUAAUUAUUUGGAUCUAUAAAGUAAAUAUAUAAUAAUCUUUAACCUUUUUAAUUAAAUUUUUUGGUCAUUUUUUUUCUUAUGCUCUUUUGAAAAAAAACUUGUUAUUGGUGUUUUUAGGAAAAAUUGCCAUUUUUGAGUAGUUUUCACUAAAUUUUAUUUUCAGCUUUUUUUUAUCACUUAUUUAUCAUGUUCCCCAACCAUUUUUUUUCCAAUGACAAAUUUCUCCUUGUAGAUAUGAUAUAUAUGAAGCUUCUCCCGAAUUAUUGUUAACUAGGUGGUUGUCCACGAAUUCGCGGAUAUAACUAUUCUGUGAAAAUGUAUAUAUUAUGUAUGUAAUGUCAUAAAUUUUGAAUAAUGAUUAGAAAAAUAAAAAUAUAUUUUAACUUCAGAUAAUUUGAAAAUCAGUCGUAAAGUUUCCAUAAAUUUGAUGUAAAAAUAACUGAUGAAUAUUUAAUAACUAGGUUAAGACCCGCGCCUUGCACGGAAUGAACAUUAUAUAUAAAAAUAAUUUUAUAUAUUAUAUGUUAUUGCAUAUUCUGAAAUAAUAAAUAUAUAUUAAAUAAUUAAAAGUCAUUAAAUAUUACAUAUAUAAUUAAACCAUGGAUCACAAAAUUUGAAUGUGAGAUUUUUAACAGUUUUAGUAAUUUAUACUCAUUUUUAAAAAUUCAAAAUAUAACAUAUACAAAAAAAUCUAAAUUUUUAUUAUAUGAUUAUUGUGGUUGUUUAAUUUAUUUUAAUAGUUUAAAAAUAAUAAUACAAAACAUACGAUUAAUGAACCAAAAAUCCAUCUUAGAAUUAUUUUCAAACAUAAUAUUACCUUAUUCAGUAUAUUAUUUGACUUAAAUGCAAAAAAAAAAUUAAAUCAAAGUUCUCACAUGUUUCGUUAAAUAUAAUUCAUCCAAUCUUCAAAGCCUAAUUAUUUAUAAAGCAUAUAAUAAAUAUUAUAGAUACUAAUAUAUUCUUAUAGGAAUAUGAAAUAAUUAUAUCAAUUUCUAUAAUUUUUUUUCUAUUCAUUAAUAUUUAUUAUAAUUCUUUAUAUACGAAUAUAAUAUUUUAUAUAAGAAUAUUAAAUCAUUAUAUCGAUUUCUAUAAAUUAUGUUCUACUAAUUGUUUUAUGUAGUAUAUAAAUAUAAAAGAAUAAGUCAAACAAUUUUACACUUAAUAUAAUUUUGACAAUUAAUAACCAUAAAUUAUAAUUUGUAAUAUCAUAUAGAUUAUUUGUUAAGUGAUAUUGAUUAGUUUUAGACUUACUUUUAUUUUAGACUAAUUAAAAUAAUUAAAAAUUGAAUAUCCCUCAACUAAUCAAAUUAUAAAAAAAAAUCUUAAAUUCUCUCUAUGAUUGACACAAAAUCAGCAAUUACUAAAGUAACUUCUCAAUUUUUAAAGUUUUAUAAGUGUAAAUUCUUAAAAUACAUUAAUAUUUCUUAUUUGUAUUAUAUCAAAUUUGUAUUUUGUUUCGAAAAAAUGAUAAGAUGGUUUAUUUCUAAUGUUGAAAUAUGUAAAAUGUUUGAUUACUUUUCUUUAAAUUUACUCUGUAUUUAAAUCAUUUUUCAUAUUUACCUUUUUAUUACCAAAAUUGUAUCAUAUUAUUAGAUGUGUUUUUAAUAAUAAAUUGAUAAUACGAUAUUCAUUCCUUAUAUCAUUUGGUUUGAUACUGAGCAAAUGAAAUUAUAAAGAAUUUUAAGGUAAGUACUUGACUAUCAUGAUUUCUUAUCAAUCUUUUAAUUAGUUAAUAUAAUUUAAUAUGCAUGUUAUUGGAUUAUUGGCAACUAACAUUAAUUAGUUUAUAUUUUUAUAUUCUGAACAUAAUUAAAAUAAAUAAAAAAUAAAAUUCAUCAACCAAUCAAAUUAUAACAAUUUUUUCAAACUUUAUAUAUAAGUGACACCUACAAAAAAUCACUUAAGUGACUUCUCAAUCAAUGUAUAGUAGAAUAUUUCCCUUAUGAUCGCACCACAAACUUAUUUGGUGAAAAACAAAUGCAUUUUAUACAAUUAUUAGUCUCAGCAUAUGAUACGAUAGUUUCCAACUUAAAUCAAAUAGGAUCUUUGAGACUUUCUCAUUCUGUUUGAAGGCAGUGUAAACGUUAACCUAUUUCGAUAGAGAGCUUCUGGUCAUCUCCAUCAUGAAAUGGCUUUUUCCUUUUUCUUUUAUUUUUCACUUUACUUUUCACUUGUUUUUGUUUUUCUAUGCGGCAGUUUUGAAAUUCAUAGUUCUUAGACGUAGUUCUUAGGCGCCGGUAGAUUUGCGAUGUGAUUUGGAGGGCAUGCGGUGGCUCUGGCUUCAUGAUACGGAUCUGGAGUGUAUCCCUGAGGCCCUAGCUUACAUUCUCCUUUCUAGAUCCAUGGUGGCAAAGUGGUUUCCGGCAAAAUGACAUGGUGUGACGGUUAUCUUUCGGUGGAACGAAACUCGUACUUUCAUAUUUGGACCUUUUGGAGACUUUCUAACUUGUUUCAAUAGCUGCUUGAGGACAGUAGUUUAUAGCUAAGAAGAGAUUUUUGGAGAAGGUGGAGGCGAGUGGGUGGUGGGGAGCGGCUUAAGCUAAUCCACAUGCCUAUUCUGAACCGGCCAAGUCUCUCGGACAUGCUUGUUCCCUCAUCAAUUUUACGCUUCUUUUUGUUUCUUUUCAGAUUUGUUCAUCUUAGAGAUCAGCUCAUCUGUCGCGUUUGGGUGGUGUCUCAUCUUCGUUUCUUGGACUCCUUUUCUGGUGGAAGUUGCUAUCCUCUCCAGUUGGUGUUUCUAUGGAUGGUUCGGCUUAGGUGAUGGGCUGCAGUCGAUGUGGCAUCUCAGGGGGAGAGAGAGAUUCCGGCGAGUAUCGUUCAGCGGCGGCCAUCGCCACUUUUACUCUUUUUGUUUGCUUUUAAUUAGGAUUUUGAUGGUUUUCGGUUCUAUAUAAAUCAAUUUAGAUAUUAUUAUUUUCUGUAUAUUUUUAUUGCAUUCCAGCUGGUUUAAUUAAAAAAACUCCUAAAAUUUCAGUGCAAAGAUCUUUUAAAAAAACAUAUGAUAUAUGUCCACUUUCCCCUUCUAUUAUAAUAUAAUUAUAUUUUAGUAAGGUGUAAUAUCUGAUAUAAAUUGUCAUAUUCAUUCAUCAAAAUUCAUAUUAGAUAUUCAAACAAAAUCGUUCAUUUAUUUAUAUUUAUUUUACUAUUCCUUAAAAUAUAUAUAGUGUAUAUCAGAUGAUAAUGACAGUCAUGUCAAAACCCUAAUAUGUUUAUUGAUAGUACCUUAACAAAAUUAUAUUGCCAAUUAAAAUGAGACAAGUAGAAAAUAUGAGGAAGAAAAUAAUGAAUUUGAGAGAUACACAUCUCAUGCGAAAAAACUCAAGAAAAAUAGAAAGAUUUCUUCAACAUGUGUCAUUUUAAUUGAUCCAAUUUAUAUUUUAAAUUUAACUAAGAUAUUAUUUGAGAGACUAUGGAGAAUCAGCCUUUUACUUUGCUCUAAAUCAAGUAACACACGUUAUAUGAAAUAGUUAUGACAUUAUUACUUGUAAGUAUACAGUGCAAGGUCCAACAUGCAGAAACAGGCCUGGACAUUCGGAUAACCGGUUCGGAUUCGGGUCGGUUUUUUUGGAUUUCGGAUAUUUCGGAACUAGAGAAAUUGGUACCGAUCGGAUAAUUUAAAAAUUAUGGUUCGGAUACGGUUCGGUACCUGUCGGAUCCGGUUCGGAUUCGGUUACAUCCGUAGUAACCAAAAUAUCAACGGAUUCGGUCCGAUUCUUUGAAUAUACCAAACCAUUUAAUCCGAUAGAACCGAAUUUAAUCCAAAAGAACCGAAGAUAUUCUAAAUAUCCGAAAAAAACAUAAACAAGAUAACUAAAAUUACAAUACAAUAAAAUAACAUAACCAUUUUAAUAUAACCAAAGCAAAUUUUAAUCUCUAAAAUGAAAACAAGCAUAAUAGAUUACUAGGGUUAUCUUAAUUAAGGUUUAAUUCGGAUCUUUCGGAUAUCCGUACGAAUCCCGGAUAAUACCCGUAUCCGAUCCGGUACCCGACUAGAUUUUAAACAUUAUCCGACCGGGUAUUUUUCUAUAUCCGAAUCCGAUCCGAAACCCGAUUUUUCGGGUAAUUACCGGUUCUGAUCUUCGGAUCCGGAAAAUAUGCCCAGACCUAGUCUCAUUAGCUGGUGGCGUUGUCUUGUAGUAAUUAAUCCAUCGAUGUAGCUAUCCGUGUAUAGCCCCCUCAUUAAUUUCUUUUGGGUACAUAUAUUACAGACACAAUAGUAGUCUACACACAACUUGAUGACUAUUAUAUUUCAAAAGAAUUUAAGAACCAAUCCUAAAGUUAUAGUACUAUGUUGACAAUUAAAAGGUGGGACAUUCUCAAAACUGUCAGUGUUAAGUUGACGUUGGUCGUGGCUAAAAUCAGUGCCCAUUAGCUAAAAAACUUAAAAAUCUGUGUAUGUCUCAAAAUGGUUUAAGAAAAUGUUUCUAAGAGGAUAAACAUGCAUUGGAAAAAGUGGACAUAAUUUUUCAGUGAGAAAUGAGAGCAUUUCCAAUUUUACUUUACUAUUCAUUUUUAUUCAACUUACAGUAAAAAUCUAUCUCGGCUUUGUUCUUAAAUAGAAUAAAAUUAAUCUCUAGUAUUAAAACAAAAACAUUCAUUUCGACUUAACCUUUAAUGAUAUAUUGUAAUAUAUUAAAUGUCAUUAGUAAUUAAGAAAAAUAUGAGAUCUUCAUUAAAAAUAAUUAUGGAGAACAGUAUUAUAUUACUAAAUAUGUUUUCAAUCAACACAAUACUUACUGUCUUACCUUUUUAACAAUGUUAAUUAAUAUUUUUAAAAUUAUUUAAUAAAUCAAACAAUUGAAUAAAACAAAUAAUAUAUAAAUUUUUUAAAAUAGUUAUAACUAUUUUUAGCAGGUUUAGAUACUACAAAAUGAUUUUAUUAAUACAAAAUAAAUUAUAUUGAUGGAUUAUUUUUAUUUAGCAAAAAUUAUUAAAAAUUCAUAACGAAACUGGUUGAAAUAACUAAACACAAAAUUAAAUAAUAUAUUAUAUAAUUUUAUAUUUAAUAUAACUAGAUAUAUAUAUAUAUAUAUAUAUAUAUAUAUAUAUAUAUAUAUAGUUUUCAAUUACAUUAAAAUAAAAUUGUUAAAACAUAUUUAUUUUUAAAUUAUAUUUUAUUACAAAAAUUAUUUCCGCGCUUUAAAAAUACAAGUUACAAUCUAGUUUACUUUAAAAUAGAAGGAUAACAUUAAAAAAAAUUCUAUAUAUUUUUAUUCAUUAUUCUGUUUUAAAUUUAAAAUGAAAUAAUGAAACAAAACUUUUUUUUUGAUAAAUAUAAUGAAACAAAAACUUAUAACACAGUUCAGUUGUUCUAAAUGUUUAUAAACAUUUCUUCUCUUAUUGACUUUUUCCCAUCAUCACCCAUUUGAAGAAUUGUAUAUUAUUUUUUAAUAAUUUUAGAACUCCAAUUAUGUAUAUUUUUGACCGCUGGAACGAAACAAAUAUUAUAUAUUAUAAUUUUGAGUUUAGGAAGAUUACGGAUUCACCUUCGAAUCUCCUAAUAUUCAAAUAUAUAUAUAUAUAUAUAUUGUUAUCGAACAGAUUACUACUGUUUAUUGGAUCAUUUAACAAUUUAAUGCAUUAUGAGAAAUAUUUUCAAAAUAGAAAAAUGCCGGUCAAAUAAAUUAAAUAAUGAUGUAGACAUAUUACAUCAACAUAAAAUAUGUAGUUUAAAUUACGAAUUUCCCAACUGCUUUAUGUUACACUGAACUUUGGCUUGACAACCAAAUUUUGAAUUAUUGAAAAAAAGUUGAGACACAACAACUACACUUUAAGAGCAUUUAUAAUGAAUCUAAUUUUACGAAUCUGCCCACCAAUCUGGACAGGAGUUAUUGGCUUUUGGAGGGGUCCUGUAUGGCAGCUAUCCCUCAGUAUUAUUUCCUAAAUUUGUCAUUUUAUACAAUAAAUUGUUGUAUUUUCUACAAUAAUUUGUUGAUCAGUGAUCAAACGUUUGUAGUUCAAUUAGUGUAACUAAAAUACUUCACAAUAAAAGAAUCUAAAAAUCCUAAAGUUAAUUUUUGGCGGUAAUUAAUAUAACAAUUUUUCUUUAAAAAUUGACAAUGAUCAUAUGCUAAUAUACUCUGAAACCAAUAUAAAACUUAUCAAAUGACGAAAACAUGAGGACAUUUUUACCAAAAAAAUAAAACAUAUAGCACACAAAAACUAGAAACUAAAUCAUCAAUAAUAAAAAAAAUAUUAUUGUAACGGAAAAAAAUUCUUAGAAAAAUUAUUU